CCCGGCAGCCUGAGCAGAUGAUAGAUCAACACAACGCGAAGAAACCUGCUUCAACGCCUGUGACAUAGGAGGACCGCAGGACCGCGUCGCGACUGUGCCAGGAUUAUAGACUGCGAGAGCACUCCUGCGGUUGGUUCACUGUGUUUAUUGAGGCUGCCUCGAGGAACCCCAUCCUACCCCGCAUCUCCUCCUCCACCAUGACUACGCGUGGGAAUGCCAGGACUAACGGGAACCUGCCCCAAACCAAGAUUUGCCAGUUUAAGCUGGUGCUACUCGGGGACAUGGCCGUGGGCAAGUCCAGCCUGGUACUGCGCUUUGUCAAGGGCCAGUUUGAUGAGUUCCAGGAGACCACCAUCGGAGCGGCUUUCUUGGCUCAGUCAGUUUGCCUGGAUGACACCACAGUCAAGUUUGAGAUUUGGGACACAGCCGGACAGGAACGCUACCACAGCCUGGCCCCCAUGUACUACCGUGGAGCCCAAGCAGCCAUUGUCGUUUUUGAUAUCACAAAACCGGAGACAUUCGAGCGAGCAAAGGCCUGGGUGAAGGAACUCCAGAGGCAGGCGAGUCCCAACAUCGUCAUCGCGCUGGCAGGAAAUAAGUCCGACCUUGCUGAUAAGAGACUGGUGGAGUAUGAGGAGGCUCACACAUACGCUGAAGACACAGGCUUGUUGUUCAUGGAGACCUCGGCCAAGACCGCUAUGAACGUGAACGAGUUGUUCCUGGCCAUUGCGAAGAAGAUGCCGAAAACAGACACCCAGAACCCGACGCACGCCGCCCGACACAGGGGAGUCAACCUGCAGGACCAAGACGCCCAGUCCAGCCGGAGCUGCUGUGGGAACUAAACACCUCUCUCCACCAUUUACAUCACCUUGGGAGACCUGGAACACCCUUUUCCCCCUUCGUUCCCCACCCUCCACCCUUUCACCUCCAAGACUGACACGGAGAGAGAGAGAGAGAGAGAAAUAGAGUGAGUCUCUGAGUGAGAGAGAUAGAAUGAAGGAAAAGACGAAACGGGGGAUAUAAAAAAAAGAAAUAAGACGAGAAGUUUGUAUCCCUGACUGUUCCUGGAAAGCAAUUUCUAAACAGAGGUGUGGUGUGAAGUGCAGGAUUGGUGAGAACACUCGUACUGUAGACUACAUGACUUGAUUUAUGGCACUUAAUAGUGGAUGUCUGUUCUGUUCCUGUUUAUUUUGCCAGCGCUUUUUUUUUUGUUUGUUUUUUGCCUACACAAGCAAUUUGCAACGGCAGAGCUUAGAGGAGGAGAAGAAGAAAAGGAAGUAGGACGAUCCUCUAAUGGCUUCUCAGCACUAAGAAGAAACACAGCACCUUAAUCUUCCCUCGUUCUUCAUAAAACAGCAAAGCAACCAAAUUAAGUUAGGUGGAAAUCGGUCAUCAGCAGCCCUGGACGCUUUCUCCUGCAUGUAUGUAAAUGUCCCCUUCUUCUACGGCUGUAAAAAUAGCGGACAUAGCAGACAUCUCUUACUAUGUACUCACCGCUGAUCUGUUCAUAUCUGCUUGGCGAUUCCCUCCAUAGCUCAAACUACUACUAUCGAUUCAAUCGUCUGUAACGUACUAGUGUUAGUAACAUAAAUAUGAUCGGUAGCAAUCCUAUGCGAAGAAAACCCCCCCGAGCUCUGUGAAUGCAGAGCUCUCACUGAACACAUCAUUAUCUUCUUCUUCUUCUCCUCCUGCUGCUUUUCGUCUUGAAGCAAAACCUACAGUCGAUCUCUAUUAUCACAGAUAACAAAACUAAAUCUGACGCUGCACAGAAGAAAAUGGCGGUUGAGUUGGGGGGAAAAAAACAACACACACAAAAAAAAAAAAAACUAAAGUGCCUCCUCUCCAUGUUCUUUGUUUCGGGGCCUGCUCGAGAUGCUUGGAGUUUGGCAGAUGUACGGCCGAGGGUUUCAAGCCAAGUCCCUGUUCCUGUUCAAGCUCUUAACCUAGCCGAAGAAGUUAACACAGUGUUCUGUACAGCGUGAUUCAUUCUUCUGACUGCGUUUAGAGCUUGAACAGAGCGAGGAAAGAAAAAAAAAAAAGGAGACCCUCUGGCCUGAAGCGCAUCAGUAACCUGCAACACAUUACUGUGUGUUCAAAAGAGUUCUUUUUAUUGUCUUGUUUUAUGAAUGCUGUUUGUUGUUCUUUUUUCUUUGUGUACAAGAAAAAAAGGUAAUUCUAUUAAGUUUAUUUAAGAUUAGUUUUAGUCUGUAAUUUUAUGGAUUGCCAAUCCAGUUUUAUUGUCAUUUAAGGAAUGAUGAAUGAAGCAUCUACAUGGAUUAAAGUCAUUUGUCAUGUCUCUUAAGAUCCGGUUUUGUUUGUUUGUUUGUGUGUGUGCGUGCGUGCGUGUGUGAUGAAUUUGAUCUCCUGUUAACACUUGUGUGAACUGGAAAGUCAAAUAAAGUUGUGCUUUCUGCGA